UAUAAAGCAAGAAGAUCUUUUUCUGAGUUCAGCAAGUCAUUUCCAGGCUUGGACAGAGGGUCACCUCUUUAGGGCCACAGGAGCAUCCAGAGAAGUGUCAACCGGGCCCAGUUCUGCCACUACAGUGGAAAACACAAGCUCUCGGGUGGUAGCAAAGGAGCUCAUACCAAAGGCAGUCCAUCUGCCAAUUGAAGACCCAUGCAUUCAAGGAAUAAAUUGCCUGCUGUCCCAAUCAAUUCAUCGAUUCCUUUAUGGAUAACAUAACAAGUGAACCAUAUUAUGAUGGAUACUAUAUUGACAAUGAAAAUUACAGUCCAGGGGAAGUUGUCACGAAUCAUGUUCAUAUCAAUAAAGGAUACUCUGCAUUACAGAUAUCUGUUACUUUGCUUUACACUGCAGUAUGUCUCAUGGGCAUUGUUGGAAAUGGCCUGGUUAUUGCCAUCAUUUCAUCCAAGAUGAAGAAAUCUGUAAAUACGAUUUGGCUUUUUAAUCUUGCUCUCACAGAUUUUCUAUUUUCAUUUUUUUUGCCACUAACUGCGACAUAUGCAGCCAUGGAUCACAACUGGAUUUUUGGAAAAGCCAUGUGCAAGUUAAAUUCAUUAAUUCUGGUCCAAAAUAUGUUCACCAGUGUCAUUUUAUUAACAUUAAUUAGUCUGGAUCGCUGUAUUUCUGUUAUGUUGCCAGUGUGGUCCCAAAAUCAUCGGUCUACUAAACUGGCCAACGUCUUGUGUGUCGCUGCAUGGAUGAUUGCCUUUGUAUUAGGCUCUGCUACACUGUUUUUCCGUGAUACAGCAUUCAUCAAUGGAAAAACUGUCUGUUUCAUGAACUUUUCGUUAUCUGGUGUCGGCGAUCCACAACAUGUACUUGUUGCAUUCAACUCCGUGAGAUUUGUCUUUGGAUAUGCAGUGCCACUCAUUCUCAUUUUGUCCAGCUAUAUAAUCAUUGUCUACAAGCUCAAGAGAAACAGGCUUGCCAAAUCAAGGAAACCAUUUAAAAUCAUUCUAACCAUUAUUGUGGCUUUCUUCCUCUGCUGGACCCCAUUCCACGUGUUGAAUAUGUUAGAAAUAAUGCACACCCCAUUUCAGACUGGUAUGCCUUUUGCUUACAUCCUGGCUUCGGCCAACAGCUGCAUAAAUCCAAUAUUAUAUGUGAUUCUUGGACAAGAUUUCAAGAAAUUUAAGAUGAGCAUAUUAUCGAGACUUGAUAAUGCAUUAAGUGAAGAUACAAUGCACUCACGUCUCAGCCACAGAACAUUCUCCCGGAUGUCUUCAAUGAACGAAAAGGAGACAAUAGUACAAUAGGCCAACAAAAAAAUCAUGAAUACAUUUUGCAUAUAGUCAGUUGGUUUGUAACCAAAUCAAAAAUAAUCAUCUAUGCUUGGUGCCUGAUAAAUCAGUUACCUAUUAAAGUCAGGCAACAUGAAGAUUUCUAGUUGUUGAUGAGCUACAUUUCUAAUAAGUCUCCUCUUAUGAUUAGCUACUCGAGGACCAAGGGAGUUGUAGUUCAUAGCCCAUAGCUGUGUAACUUCGUUAAACAAAACAAAAAAAAAGUUCUGCCUAUUGCUUAUAAUUGUUUAUAGAAGACAUUCUUUACCUUGGUAGCUGAGCAUUACAAACAUAUAUCAUUAGUUAUUUUGCACUUUAAUUUUCUUUUUUUAUGAUUAUGAUAUUAUGAUUCAACUACCAUAUUGAAAAUUUAUAUUUCUCAUACAGUAAAUGACAAAAAAAAUGCUAAGUUAAUAUAACAUAUUAUUAAUAAUUGAAAGGGACACGUUUAUGAAAGCACUUUUACAAAUUUGUAGAAUAGUCACUUAUUUGAAUAACUAGACAUUAAAUAAAAUAGUUGUGGCGGAUCGUUCGUAUACAGUU